CAUCCCACACAUCAUCUUGUUCCCAACCCACUCUACACACACCCACCUUCCUCUCUCAUCAUUUUUGGACUAUGGUGAUGGUGGGGUGUGUGUGAGAUGACCCAAAGGGCAUCUCUGAUUUUUAAUAAAAGGAGAUCAUCCCUCUUCACUCAUUCACACUCCCACACUUAGAAAAAUCCCUGCAACUUUGGUCAUCUUCAUCCUCUAGCUUCAUCCACCAUUAAUGGAGGUUUGAGAAGCUAAUAUUAGGUGUGAAGAGAAGACCUCAAGAUAAGGAAAGCUAGAAGUCGAUAGUGACGGCCGUUCGUUGAACGUACACACCAUAAGACUCGCCGACUGGAGGAGGUGGCCGGCUGGCUUAGGCGUGUCGGGUUGGGGGAGGCACCGAGGCAGUAACUGAAAGGAGAACUGAAGGAGUGAAGAGUGAAUAUUUUUCAAACAAUGAAAGUGAUGGGCCGAUACCCACCGGGCGGCCCAAAUGAACCAUUUAAGCAACUUGGGUCAGGCGCUUGGAGGAUAUCCAGGCUCGGGACGGCCCGUAGAGUUAGGCCCGAUUCUUACGAUCCGCUUUCUGAAUCGGAUCAUUUGGUGGAUUUAUUGUCCAUCAAAUUGGUUCUCUUGUUGAGAGUUCGAGAGUCAUACUCAGAAGAAACCCUCCACCAAGACGAUGGUGCAAACACGCAGCAACGCCAACGUUGGUACCGGAGCUCCCCACCAGGGAGAAAACAGCGCCACCGGAGGUCGGCACCCCCCAUCACUACGGGGGAGGCAGAGGCCCUCAUUCAGAGGGUCGGAAUCACAGCUGAACAAUUCAAGGAGGUGCUGGCGGCACUUACACCCAAUCGCGAGAUUGUGGUGGAGGAUGUGGUUGGGGGACCCGCAGGCGGGAAGGCUGGACCUGCGGGCUCUCAAGGGAAAAAGAAGAAAGUGAGGCGGUCCCAGAAAAAGAAGACGACCAAGCCUAAUGGGAAGGCUGUGAUGGAAGAUGCGCUCUCCAGAUUAGACGAAGAGUCGUCCUCCUUCGAACGGAUGUCUGCUUUUGACCGUUUGAGAGAUCCCAAGUCAAAGAAACCCCGGACCUCUGUGUUCGAACGGUUGCAGGACACUCAGUCUGCCCGAAAGGGUGACUUGAGGGAUACGCUCAAGGAGAAAAGAGGGGAGUCCACAACGACCUCCAAGACUAGUUUUGAGGAGCGACGGACGACGGUCGAGGACAAAGGUGCAGCCGAGCUGUGGAGAAUGUACGAACAAUUGGAGAAGCGGAUGGACGCCAAAAAUCCCUACCGCCAGGCGGUCUUCAGCGAGGUAACACCCUUCUCAAGAAGGAUAAUGUCUUGUCCCCUCCCGGACAAUUUCAAGACUCCCCAGAUCAAGGCGGUAACACCCUUCUCAAGAAGGAUAAUGUCUUGUCCCCUCCCGGACAAUUUCAAGACUCCCCAGAUCAAGGCGUACAACGGGACGAGUGACCCCCAGGACCAUCUUGCUCGCUUCGGGGUGAACGUGGUCAUGUAUGCGUACCCAGAAGAAAUCAAGUGUCGGUGUUUCCUGGCGACACUGGAAGGGCAGGCUUGUGAGUGGUUCCACAAGUUACCCAAUAGAUCGAUAGAUAAGUGGAGCGACCUUGCCCACAAGUUCUUGGAGCAUUUCGCAUCCAGCCGAAGACAAAAGCUCCCCUUCUCGCACUUGCUCAAUGUGAAGAUUUGGAAAGGAGAGCAGCUCCGGGAAUUCAUUAAUAGGGCGAAAUACCUGGCUUUAGAAGAAGAAGACGAUGAGCCGCCAGUCCGGAAGGAGAAGAAAAGCGGGCCACCAGUGGCAGAAGGGAAGAAAAGGAAGGAUUACGGGUUCACAGGGGAUACUAUCGAAGCUGAAGGAACUAUCACGGUGAGGGCCGGGGUAGGAGAUGGCACCCACCGACUCUGGAUCGACAUGGAAUUCAUGGUAGUGCAGCUCGACUGUGCACACCAUUUGAUUCUAGGGCGACCAGGGUUGGAGGACCUGGAGUGCAUAAUCUCCCCCGUCCACCUGUGCCUGAAGUUCAACACCCCCACAGGGGUGGGGGUGGCAAAGGGGAACCAGAGCUUGUCACGGUCGUGCUACGUUAGGGCGACCAAAAGCCAAGCGCGGGUCGACGAGAAUGUAAGCACGAUCUGUGCUGCAAUUCAAAAGGAAGAAGGGCGACCUUGGGCUAAGCCAGCAAAAGAAGUCAAAGAAGUUUCUCUGGAUCCAACUAAGCCAGAGCGGAAGGUAAAGGUAGGUAGAACCUUACCACUUAGACUAAAGGGGCAGUUUUUGGAGGUCCUCCAAGCGUUCAAAGUGCUAUUCGCUUGGGGUCCAGAGGACAUGUAACGACCUGAAAUCCGGCUUAGUAGUUAGCCGUGAUUUUUAAUAAAAAAAUAAAUAUUAAAUUUAUUUACUCAAAAAUAUGAAUUAUUUGUAGAAUUGUCCGUUUUAAAUGAGAAUUGGGUUUUCGGAUAGGUCUCGUAAAAUGAUGAGCAACGGUAUAUAGUUUGUUAAAUUUGGACUUACGUGUAUAGCGUGGUGAGUAAAAUAGACAUUACAGU